UAUUGUUAAGAUCUUAAUACUUGUUAGAGUAUGAUUUUUUCUACAAUUUCCAUUACAUGGAUCGUUAUAGAGCGACGGAGAGAACUCUCAAGCUGGCCGCGACCCAUAGUUGCAAAGUGAAUGGAGCCAUUAUAAAGGACGACUUCGUGAAUAUAGCUACUAGGGCAGCUUCAGAAGGAGUAACGUUAAAAGGCACUAAAGAGCUUGUAAAAGAAUGCUUUUUGGAGAAGGCGACGUCGGAUACCAACACUUUACAAAAUGGGUGUAACCUGUUGAUCGACACCUUGGCGCUAUUAGAAGGUUUAUCUAACCCAAAAACGGUUCGAGAAGAUUAUAAGAGUAAUACUAAGACGUCAUUAGCAACAAUCGCUAAAUGUGCCAAAGGUUGUCAAUUCAAGCAAUCUGAUAAAACGGUGGUUUUGUGCAAUAUAUCGGAUAUCAAUGCAUUUAUAAGUAUAAAUGGUAAAACUGAUUUGUGUUCCAAUGAGCACUCCGAUGGUUUUUACAAUCUCAACAUACUGGAAAGUCGACGUGUAGGAGAAACAUCCAGGGUUUCUUCAGUAAACAACAAUGUUCUUGAGACCCUGGAAGCUUAUACAGGUGGUACAAAAAAUUUAUCAUUUGGUCAAGGGUUUACAAUACUCUCUGAAAAAAACAUUAUUGAUAAUGCGGAUACAUCAGACAUCAUAAAGGAUGACGAUGAAAGCUUCUUACUUAAAAAUGUCAACGUCACCCAAUUAUUACCUGGCUCACAUCAGACUGUUAUUAAAAGCGUAUAUAAUCCUUUUGAGCCUUACUAUGAGGACUUAAAGGAGGUGUAUGCCUGUAGCAGGGAUAAUGGUGUCACCACGUAUGUUGGCGGCAUGUAUCCCCCUUUGCAUACGUAUUAUACCAAACAUACUGGGCGAAAGCAUAUCAUAUCGCCCAUCGUAUCGCAAAAUUGUAUAAGGCAGGUUUGGUGUGAGCCACGGUCUACUCUUGCAAAUUCCUUGCUUAAAAGUUCAAAAAAGUCCAAAAACAAAUUGCCAUUUGCAUUUGUGGUACCAGGUCAAGUAGAAGACAACUAUAUAGACAUUGUGUUUAUCAAUGUCUCUACAAUUAGAUCGCAUUCUUCUGCUUCCCUAUCGCCCGUUGAGCAUGUUGUAUUAAUAGGAGAAAAUUCUAGGUUAUAUAAUUGUGUCACAUAUGUUGCACGUGUUCACCCGAGCGCCGCUAGCCGGCAACUAAAUAUGUGUCGCUCGCUGUUAACGUCACAUAUAGAACAGGGGAAGCUAUUUACACGAAUACUUAUCAAGCUACUUCGUUGUGUUUAUGCCUUGCGCAAUGGUGCUUCGGAAUGGCGGAGCCAUAAUGACACCAUCUCUAAAGCAAUAUCUAAUAUACAAUGGGGAUGCCUUUGGAAUCACUGGAAUUUCUAUCCAGGAGAUAUUGUAACGGAAGCAGACAUGCAAGAAUUACCUCAAUUGUUAAAUAAUUGGAAAAUAGAUGAUAACGAUGAAUCAAUCAAGCCGUUUAAUGAUACAUGCCGACGUUUCAUUGAUGAUCUUAACAAUAAGUUCAAAGCCUAUAAAUCUGGUAAACUGCAAGUUGCUGAAUUUGUUACAGAUAUUAUAUGCACUUACACAAAUGAAGUCAUUCCUUCUUUUGAGGAUAUUUAUUCGAAAUUACGUAACAGUGUAUACGAGGACUUGAGAGCAAGCAGCAAGAGCUUUCCGCAGAUGUUGGCAAACAUUCUAGAGUCUACUGAUCAUUUUAGUAGAACAGCGAAUUCCAAUCUCCAAAGCGCUGAGGUAAUUAAUAACGAUCUUGGUGAUCUUCUACAAAUGAGGGCCGAAAUACUGCCUAAGCAUCUAAGUACUGCGUCGGAACCCGCUGAUUUAACAAGUGUAUAUGAUAUCCUUGGACGCAAUCUUCUAGAAAACCCUGCAUUUUCAGGUGCACCUUUCUUGGAAUAUUUCCAGAGGAAUCAAAAAAUUGACCCUAACAUUGAAAAACAUGCCAUCACUUCCACUGUUGCGGAUGUUUACAAUAAAUGCUUGGAUGGUUAUAAUAAAGGAAAUAUAACAAUGGAUAAAUCCAAGACCUCCAAUGCCUUAGUAAUGCUGAACUGCUUGAUAAUUUUAUUGGCAAAUCAUGAAAGGGUAUUCAUCAAAGCGAAGGACAUGAAGGAAUUCUUAAGCAAGGUUAAUAACAUACCGGAGGCACUGGCUACCUGGGCAUUGGGAUUAUUUUAUGAAAGAAACUCUGCUGAUGAAUUCACUUUGUAUGCAAAAGGACUGCAGAGGCUCAUCUGCUAUAUUUUGUGGCUAUGCAUCUAUCUUGUGGGUGGAAAAUAUAGCUACAACUUCGCAACAUUGAUAAAUGCCGAUUUAAAAUCAAAGCGAAUGUUGCAUUCUGUAAUUUACAAAUGCUUACCUAUUGCAGGAUUGGAUAACGGUGGCAAUACGAAAUCCACUAUCUAUUCAAUUGAUGUUCCACUCAAACAUACGACACAGAUGAACAACAAUGCAAUCGGUGGAGUUCUUGACGCUAUGAAAGUGUACGGCAAGCGACGUAGAAGGUAAAAAUGUCACACACCUAUCAUGUACCUAAAUUAACACUACUUGCGAUGUUAGAAUUUCUCAUUUUAACUGA